AUGCACCUCAGUCACCACCACCAGCCGCCACCUCAACCCUUUCCGGCACCGCAUCACGGCGGCCCGGCCGCAUUCGGCGCUCCUCCAUCGCCUCCGAGAUACUCGCCCCCACACCACGAGCACUCUCACCACCAUCACCACCAUCAUCACCACUGCUGCUGCGGCCCACACCUGCCGCCGCCGCCCUCAUCCCGCGCGCGGGCCCUGUCGGCCACGGCCAGCCCGUCGCCCAAUGUGCUCUUGAUUGACAAGAUUCCCGAUCUCAACGCCGGCAACAUGCCCCCGGCACCUCCCCUCUCUCCAGCCUUUGCCGGCCACCACCCGGUUUCGUCGCCCAGGAGGUCACCCUCCCCGCCCGGCAUCUACCAGGGCUACCACCCUUCUUCGCUAUCCCCCAGGAUCGGAGGACCGCAUCAUCACCACCACCAUGACCAUCGCAAUGGACCGCCCUUGAGCCCGCGCCGGCGACCCCGUGCCGUCUCGAAUCUGCCGCCUCCUCCCCCUUAUAAGGAGGAUUGUCACCUGAUUGACCGUAUUCCGCCCAUGGGUGCCCCAGGCAACAAUGGACCUCCGCCGGCUUGGGGUCUCAGGGGCGAGCCUGGGGUUCAUGGACAUCACCAUGGUGGAUGGAGGUGA